AGUCUGCCCACACGCUUUCAUCUCCUCUUCACAUGACCUCCUGCAAGUCACUACAUUAUAGGUGCACUACAUUAUAUAAUAUUAGUGGUUAUAAGAGGGAAACCAGAUUUUCAACAUGUGUUCUCUGGUUAUACUAUUGUAAGGUUUUGUCGUUUUUAUUGCGAUUAUUUCCUUUAUUGACAUUGACUGAAGGUUAAUUGGCUUUAAUCACUCGGUUUUCAACUGAUGGAUCAUAGGUUCGAGUCCAGUUCCACUUACUUCAAACUGUGUAGUAUUCACAGCCCUCACGUGAUAAGUGAGGGCUCUUAGCCUGGUCCAUGACAGAUAUGUUCUGGGUAAUUGAAGUUAAACAAUAACUAUGAGAAAGCAUUCCAUGCUAGUGAAAUUAUUCGUGAAUCUAUACAUAUAUCUAAGAGAUCGGUAAUAGAAUUGGUAUGUGAUGAUGAGUUAACUUUUUCGAAUCAACCGGACAGCAUUCUAUUGUUGCUUAUUCACGGUGGAGAUCAGAUAAGUAAUUGUAAGUCUAAUAAGUAUAACUAAUUAAUGGAUUAAUGAAAGUCAUACAACUGGGAGAUUAUUUUUCUUUUUAAUUACACGUUAUCAGUGGGUCUGUAGUUCAGGUGUAGAAAGCUCGCUAACCUGUGUACAUGGUUCAGGUUCGACUUCCCACCCGAUGCAUUUCUAGAUUUGUUAGUGAAUAGAGGUUAUAUGUGAGACUAGCUACCUUACCAAGUAGAAAACACCACCACUGGAACUUCAAAGCUCAAACUUCAAGCCGUAUGUUCCACUCGGAAGCUGAAGGAAUGGAAGGUUUCUCCCUCUGUCGUUUAUUCCAUAAAAUGAGUAUAUUUCGUAACUGGCACAUAUUUCAAACUUUACUUUGUCUGAAAUUGGUUUGAUAUUUCUGUUUAUGCUUCAGUGUAAAAAUAUAUAAGGAUCUGUAAGCAUGCUUAUUCAUUCUUUCUAAUCACUGUGGUAGGAUUUGUUUGAAAAGAAAAUUAAUGUCAUUCGCUAGACACGAUGUACCAUUCUUUAGAGACACUUUCAGAUUAAACGUUGUGUAAAAAUAUAGUUUUCUAGUCUAAGAUCCUUCAGAUAUUAAGAAGUGUCGACUGUAAACUUCCGGUGGAAUAGUUUGAAAUUGUUGAGAAUGAUGCCAAUUUCUUUGCCGAUAAUCAUAUUCGCUGGCUUUCAUACUUGAACUCGUAUCAGUGUAUUAUGACAACAGCCAAAAUGUGGUAGUUGUACUUUGUAGUUUUCUGUUCUUGUUUUUCUCAUUAGAAGGCUUAAUUUCAUACGUUCCACUUGUUGCAAACUAUACACAGUAGUGUAUGUACCUUUUUUUGUAUCUUCAUUAAUAAAGUCACAAACACUCGCUGAAGACAUUGGCUAGCGGUUACGCUAUAUCGUGAAUUGGUAGAAAUUAGAAUUCAUGGAAUGGCCAUUGGAUCGGGUCCCAGUGGUUUAGUGGUCUACGAGCUCGCCUUGUAACCAGAAGGUCCUGGGUUCGAACCCUGUAGUGUGGAUACGUACUGAUGAAGAGUCCCAAACUAGGACGACACAGCUGUCCAGUACUCCCAUCUAGUUUUCCAAUGGUUCUCUAACCAAUGUCAGCUCAUGAUGAAAUCCUGUAACCAAUCAACCAAAUCCCUACGAACCAAUACUUGCACAUCUGUAUUUAUUCACUUCACUAGUAAUAUAGUAUUCUAUUAAAAAAAUAUUAACACUGAAUAAAUAAUACUGUUUCACUCACUUCACCUUAGAGGUUUUUAUUCAUUCCUUUGAUUACUGGGAGCUAAUCAUCACAUAAUAAUGUACACCUAUUAGUCAGUAGUCUAUUUCACUUGUGUGACAGUGAAUGACUAAAGGAUAAAUUCGAAUCCUUAAUGGGAAAAUUAUUCCUUGACUUCGUAAUUCAUUUGGCCAGUAGCAUUUUUUGUUGGACAGGGCUUGAGAUAUGCGCUACUUAACUCAUUGUGUUAAUUUAGGUGUUUUUUUAUUCCUUUACGUUCCCAGUGGAACAUAGGGAGGCUUCAAGCUAGAACCUUGUAGAUUCGGUAGCAGUGGUGUUUAUUUUUACGGGUUGGGGUUGCUAGCCUCAUGCCCAACCUCCCCUCUUUACUAGCUGUAUUUCUGGCUUAGCGAGGUAAAGGAGUGCGUCGGCCGAAAAUUGAGUCCCGGACCACCUGCGUAUUUGGCGAGCAUUCUACCGCUGUGCUACCGACGCACGAUUAGUGUAGGUAAGUUGGUUGUCGAACAAUAGAUGUUUGAGUAUUGAAGAUGAAAUUUACUUAGGCUAGAUUCCAACAAUUAAUCAAUAUAAUAUUUUUGUCGUAUUUAUAGUUAAGCGUUAACAGAUUUCUUUUCUGGAUAUUUCCAUUAUUUCAUCGUUGAAAUUAAAAAUGGCUAUAUUAUUCUUCCAAUUUUGUUUAGAUCAUGGCGGUACCGUUGCCAGCUGUUGCAGAACGUAUGAAUAAUCCUAAAAAUCCGGUCGUUUUUUUCGAUGUGACUAUUGGUGGUCAGGAAAUUGGUCGUAUGCAGUUUGAACUCUUUCAAGAUAUUGUCCCAAAAACUGUAGAGAAUUUCAGACAAUUUUGUACUGGUGAAUAUCGUAAAGAUGGUGUACCGACUGGAUACAAAGGGACAUCUUUUCAUAGAAUCAUUAAAGAUUUCAUGGUACAAGGUGGAGAUUUUAUCAAUGGCGAUGGAACAGGAUCAUUUAGUAUUUAUGGUGGUGUCCAGUUUGCAGAUGAAAAUUUCCAUGUGAAACAUUGUACUUGUGGAAUGUUAUCUAUGGCUAAUAGUGGUCGAGAUACAAAUGGUUGUCAGUUUUUUAUUACUUGUGCACCUUGUGAUUUUCUUGACGGGAAACAUGUUGUUUUUGGUCGAAUUGUCGAUGGAAUGUUAGUAUUAAAGAAAAUUGAAAAUGUGCCAACUGGUGCUAACAAUCGGCCUAAAGUUCCAGUGCUUAUAUCUCAAUGCGGAGAAAUGUGAAAUAACAGAAAUUAUAUCGAAAUUAUUAUUCCAUGUGUAUUGAUGUCAAAUCCAAUGAGAUGAUACUCAUGUCAUUCCUCCUCCUCCUCCUUGUCCUCCUUGUUCUUCUGUAUCAUCAUCUUCUUCUGCAGUGUAUAUUGUGUAAAAUAAGAUGCACUUUUUGGCAUAUGAAAUAUAAAUAAUUUUAUCUAAGGUCUUAUUUGAUUCUCUUUUGAUGAAUGUAUGAUAUGCAGUGCACUUUGUAGAUAUGCGUGUGUGUAUGUAAAAUGUUAGUGGUUUUGU